ACCUAGACAUAUAUACCCAUCCAAAGAUACCAAUAGGCAUAUUCUCAAAAACACAUUUCUUUGCACUCUCACUGUCUUCUAGUAAAGUUCACUUCAUUUCCAGCUCCAAAACAAUUAAAAUGGCUGCUGAAAAUGUAGAGCAACCGCCGGAAAACAAAAACAAGGCGGCGGUCGACGAGCUUUACAAGGCAUUGGAGGGUGGUGAUGUAGAGAAGGUGGCCGGACUUCUGGCGGCCGACUUAGAAUGGUGGUUCCACGGCCCACAAAACUGCCAGCACAUGAUGAGAGUGCUCACUGGCGAGUCGGGACGAGCCGAGUUCAAGUUCCAGCCUCGGAGCGUCACGGCGAUCGACGACCGGGUGAUCGUGGAGGGAUGGGAAGGAUCCCAAGCCUAUUGGGUCCAUGUUUGGACCCUUAAAAAUGGGCUCAUAACCCAGUUCAGGGAAUACUUCAACACGUGGCUCACCGUGACGGAAUUGAUCGGGCACCAAAGCCCGACGAGGUGGCAGAGCCAGCCUCGGGAUCUCGCAAACCGAUCAUUACCGGGACUUGUUCUUGCAAUCUGAUCAUACAACUCGAUCUCGAUCAAAUGUCACAUGAUAAAUCACAGUUGUUUUAUACGUACGUUUCGGGUCCUAACUAAGUGUGUGGACUCCGACUAAUAUGAAAAUGUUAUGAUUUAUUAUGUGACAGGAAAGUUGUGUCCCUACUAGAUCUCAAGUGUUACUGUUUUUGUUUUUAUUUUUAUUGUCACUGGAAGCUUGGAAUUAACCUGUCAUGGGUCAAGUGUGAUGUAAUUGUAAAAAUCUUUAUUAAGAAAAGGGAUGUAAUGUCUGCGGGUGUGUUGGAAAGAUGAUGUAUAUUUUUGAA